AUAGUUGAUGUGCAAGGACUCAAAACAGUUCCGAGAAUUGUUGAAAAAACGGAAACCUCUGUCGGGUUUCUCACAAAAAUCGAAGAUUUUUGUACGUUUGUGUCAUGUGGUUCAAGGACAACAUAAUUUACCAGCAUGAGUUUCUGGCAACGCAGGCGCCUUCGCAUUACCCCGCUUCGCGCGCUGGCAGCAAUUUUCUGUGUCAGUUUGAUUUUCUGGUAUAGCCUGAGUCCGGAAGAAGCGCCAAAACAACCCUGUAGUGUUCCAGAAGAAUUUACAGAACGAUUGCACGAAUUAGCUUAUAAGACCCAUUUGGUACUAUCAAAAUUAAGUAUCGUGCACUUUUUGUGCUUCGGAGGUCUCUGGGGUCAAGUGCGAAUAGGCCGAGCCCUUCCCUGGGCUCGAAAAAUAGAAUUGUGUUUAGUCGACACUUUAAGAGACGAUGCAUUAAUAACAAAAGCAUUUAGAGAAGUAAGUUUAAGCGCCACUUACAUGCACGCAGCUGGAAUUUAUCUUGUACAAGAACACGAAGUCGGCGAAGAUGCACCAAAAGUGGAAGUCUUAGUCUUCGAAGAAGAUACCGUCGAUCAAAACAACGCCGCAUGUAGAGCUACACAUAACCUCAAAAUCAUCAAAUAUAUUAAGACUUCUGGUUCUUCUAGUUUGUAUUGCUACCAGAUGCAACGAAAGAUUUACUUGUCAAUAUCUACAUUUAUUUUACUACAAUUACACACUACAAGACGAUAGAAAAAAAUAUAUACGAACCUUCGAAUUUCUUAAAUUGCCCACUUCUUGUCAAUAUACCUAACGAACAGUAAACACAAACGAUACGCACACAAUGUAAACGCAAAUCCAAACAAGGCUGCAAUCGCAGCUGCACUGCAUUUUGGCAUCAUACAAGCCGGUUAGACGGGUUGCCUACGUCAUGCUUUUUCAAGUAACAAUGUAUUAUAACGAUUAUAACUAUAGGU